UUGUUUCCAUGUCUGAACUCCAUCUUUCUGUCUCUAUGUGAUUGUUAGCAGGUGUUUAACAGACCCGGAUGUAAGAUAGACACACGUUAGCUCCUCAGAUGCUAACAGUAGCUUCAAAGCUCCUCUGUAUGUAGUUAGCAUCUCUCCCGCUAGCUGUUAGCAUCUACAGUGAAGGAUCCUCUUGUUACCGUGGAGACCGCUGGGACCACACUGAGGGUUGCCAUGGCGAACAGGACCGAGCCAAAAGCCUCGGACCCAACCUCGUGUCCCGAGGAAGAGCCGACGAAGCCCGGCCCCCGCUGCGCCCUUCGCCGCGCCGCUGGCGUCACCGCCGCAGCAAGUGGGCGGGGCCAGAGAGGAAAGAGACGGGGCCAGAAGAAGAAGGGGCGGGGUCAGAAGGCGAAGGGGCGGGGCCAGGAGGAGAAGCAGGAAGGCGUGACGGUCAAGCGGACGUGCAGCGGCGAGAAGAGGCGAUGGGAUAAGAAGCAUUACUGCGUGUUCUGCCGGCGGCCGCAGGUGAAGAUCGCUCGCCACCUGCUGAGGAAACACGCCGACCAACAGGAAGUGGCGGCCGCCAGCGCGCUGCCCACGGGCUCCAAACAGCGCCACCUGCUGCUGGAACAUCUCCGCUGCCGAGGAAACUACAUGCACAACAUCGAGGUGAUCAGACAAGGCAGUGGAGAGAUCGUCCCGUGGCGUCAGCCCUCAGAGGAAAUGGAUGCGAGGAACUACCUUCCCUGCCCGCUCUGCCUCGGUUUCUUCCUCCGCGCUGAUCUCUGGAAACAUCAGGCUUCCUGCCGCAAGAAGCUGACCCCUGCCCCCUCAAGGGACCCCACCUCCAUAACCGACACAACCACUACCCCCUCAAAAGACCCCACCUCCACAGCAGACACAACCACUGCCCCCUCAAGGGACCCCACCUCCACAGCAGACACAACCACUGCCCCCUCAAGAGACCCCACCUCCACAGCAGACACAAUGUCUGACCCCACAGGUAAGUCGGCCUGUGAUCCAGCAGACAACGGGGCCACAGAGGAUGCACCUUCCGACCCCUUGGGAGAUACGACCACAGCACACCAGACCGGGACCAAGCGUCCCGUGACCUCUGACCCCAGGGUGGAUCAGGACGUGACCUGUGACCCCGGCAGGGCAGAGCUGCCCAGGAAGCGCAGCAGGGUCCAGGCUGCAGCGUCCCGCCUCCUUCCCAUUUCCAGCGGCGCGUCUGAGAGCUGCAGCGAAGUCCUGCAUCGCAUGAACCAGGACCACGUCUCACACCAGGUCAAAUCUGAUUGGCUGAUCUGUAAAUACGGAAACAAGUUGAUGGGGGAACCAAGAUGGCAGCCAGAGGAGGUACGACUACGUCAGUCAGAAGCUGCGGGAGCUCGGCCGGUUCGUCCUCGCUGCUAAAUCUCUGGACUCUGGCGUUCGGACCCUUCAGGACCUUCUGGCUCCAGGCCGCCUCAGCCUGGUGCUGGCCGCUGCCAGAAAAGCUUCUGUAUACCGCUGGAGUCGCCCUCCGCUGGCCGUGAAGACCACGCUGAAGACGGUUUGUGAGAUAGCCAUCGGAGAGCGCCUGCAGGACGGAGACUGGGAGGCUGCAGCCAAGACCACCGACUUCUACCACCUGCUGGGGAGGGAUUGGGACAAACUGGGGCUGCUGGACCCCGACCGCCACACAGCCGCUUCAGUAGAAGAAGCUAAGCUGAAGAAACGAUCGGUCCAAUCAAUAAGUGAGAAGUGUAAAGAUCCGUCUGACCCAAGACCAAAGGUACAGAGCAGUAACCGACC